GAAGAAGAUUAUGGUUCAUUUUGGUCUCACCCAAUAAGAGAAGAAAACCCUAAACAAUCAUAGAUUGACACUUGGAGCUCUCCAACUACUACUUAUUCCUUUGAUUAAAAUUCAACUCUUAACCUCUUCCCAUUCCCUUUAUAUCAUCUUUUUAUCAUACAUCUACAAACAAACCAAUCAAGAUCAAAGUCAACAAUUUUGGAGCCAUUUUUCCCUUUGAACUCCAACAACAAUGUGGAAGGUCACACCUUCUAAAUCUUUGGUCAUUAGGAUCAAUAUUGUUUGCCUUUCUUGUUUUCUUUUUAUUUAUGCCGCCCUUCUUCUCCGGCCAAUGUACCAUGAAAGCGCAGCUUCUUACGUUCGUUGCUCCCUCCGCGACUGCCAUCACAAGGUUGAAACCGGCUACAAGAUGAAGGCUGUAUUGUUAGAAGAUGCAGUAGACCUAAACCGAAAUCGAUCAAACGAAACUAGUGAUGGAAAAAUGGUGAAGAGAGAGAGGCCAAGUUUCUUAAACACUAGUUUCAUUGGAAGAGGGAUGAGAAUAGGGAUGGUGAACAUGGAAGGAGAGGAUUUAAGCGACUGGACCGCGAUAGGAAAGAUAAUCCCAAUUCAAUUCGAAAAGGUUUCCGAGUACUUUGAAUGGAAGGACUUGUUUCCAGAAUGGAUAGAUGAAGAAGAAGAGAUGCAUCAAACAUUAUGUCCGGAAAUACCGAUGCCCGACUACGACAAGUACGGGUACAUGGACAUGAUAGUUGUGAAGAUACCAUGCAAGUAUCCGGAAGAAGGGUGGGCAAGAGAUGUUUACCGGCUGCAACUGCACCUCAUGGCGGCGAAUAUGGCGGUGAGGAGAGGGAGGAAGAGUUGGAAUAGGAAGCCAAAGGUGGUGGUGUUGAGCAAGUGCCGGCCAAUGGUGGAGAUUUUCCGGUGUGAUGAUUUGUUGGUGCAUGAUGGAGAUUGGUGGUACUAUCAACCGGAUAUUAAGAGGUUGGAACAGAAGGUUUAUUUGCCUGUUGGGACUUGUAGUUUGGCUCUACCGUUGUGGGGAAAAGGAAACGAUGAGGUAUACGAUGUAGAAAAGAUCAAAAGAAGCAACCCACGAAUAACCAAAUCAAUAAAACGGGAAGCCUAUGCCACCGUACUCCACUCAUCAGAAUCCUACGUUUGUGGUGCCAUCAUGUUAGCCCAAACCCUAAAAAGAACUGGCACUGACCGGGACCUCAUCCUCCUCAUCGACACCUCCAUCUCGGUCGCCAAACGCGACGCCUUAGCAGCAGCGGGUUGGACCAUACGCAUCAUAGAACGCAUACGCAACCCGCGGGCCGAAAAGGACUCAUACAACGAGUACAACUACAGCAAGUUCCGGUUAUGGCAACUCACUGAUUAUGACAAGAUUAUCUUCAUCGAUUCCGACAUCAUUGUUCUUCGAAACCUCGACAUUAUCUUCUCCUUCCCCCAAAUGUCCGCCGUUGGCAACGACAACUCGAUAUUCAAUUCGGGUAUCAUGGUCAUUGAGCCAUCAAAUUGUACGUUCAUGCAUUUCAUGCAACAAACUGAAGAAAUAGUAUCAUACAAUGGUGGUGAUCAAGGGUUUUUAAAUGAGAUAUUUGUGUACUGGCAUAGGUUACCUAGAAGGGUUAACUUCUUGAAGAACUUUUGGUCGAAUACAACGGUCGAAACGAGUAUGAAAAACCAGUUAUUUGGGGCGGAUCCGCCAAAGUUGUACGCGAUACAUUACUUGGGGCUCAAGCCAUGGGCUUGUUAUAGGGAUUAUGAUUGUAAUUGGGAUAUUGGGGAUCAAAGGGUUUACGCGAGUGAUGUUGCGCAUCGGACGUGGUGGAAGAUUCAUGACACGAUUGAUGAGGGAUUGCAGAGUCAUUGUAAGUUGACAAAGCAAAGGAAGAUAGAGUUAAAAUGGGAUCGGAUGCAGGCUAAGAAAAUAGGGUUUCCUGAUGAGCAUUGGAACAUCAAUGUUACGGAUCCAAGGCGCCGCGGUUGAUGCCGAUGAGCUUGUUGAAGAGAGGUUUAUGUGUAUGUUGAUUAUUGAUUUUGAUUUUGGCAAAUACUUUCGAGUUGUUAUGUUGUUGUAGUGAAUUCUUGGUGUACAUAGAGAAUGACUUAUACUUGUAUGAAGAUAAUAUAUAUGCAUUUAGUUGUUGUUCCAAUAAUAAUCAUGAUUCAUUUA